AUGUCGCUCGGUUUAGCAAGAGACUCCAUGCUGGACUUGGCGGAAAUGGCCAGACAGGUGGACGAUGGAGAAUUCAAGACUUCCAUUGAAAUAUCAGCUCCGGUUGGUUCUGAUAAUUUGGUUCAGAUUUCAUCAUCUUCUCACAGUAAGGAAGGAAUGGAACAUGCAUCACAGCAACCAACAUCAACACAAAAGCAGGCACAAUCCAAUCCUGGAUUCUGUAGCAGCACCACGAAGGGCGCCCCCGUUACCACCACUACGAAUGAUGAUUUAGAUUUUGGAGAAACCAAAACUCCAGAUCCUUCGGAUAACGAUGAGGAAGACGAGAAAUCGUCCGUGGCCAGCAACAGCAUUGAUUCCGAUUCGGCCCUGCGUAGUAGCACUGGAUCCUCAGCGUCGGUGGCACCUUCUUCUGUGAAUGGUGAUGAUGGGGAAUCAUCAUCCGACAAGAAAAAGUCCAAGUCUAAGGAGGACUCGAAGGAAAACACCACUGGACGGUAUAGUGGCUUUCAUGCUGUGGAUUAUGAUGACUAUUAUCAAGACUAUACAGCAUAUUCGGAAAAUCAAGCGCCAAAGUUACUGGCCAACAAAAAGACAUCAAAACAACCGUGGUGGUUCUGUUUUGCACCGUGGAUGAAUAAUUCAGAGGAUUCAGAUGAGGAAGAAGACGAUGAGGAUGAAGAUGAAGAUGAAACCGAAAAUGAAGAAACCUUCGUGGACGUCAACACGACCCCUCCAUCUACUACGAUUACUCGGUCCUCCUCUAAGGAAGAAGAUGAAACCUCAGUUGGAAGUGAUGCUUUGGGAGAGCGUCUUUCUGAUAAGAAUCGUCAGGCUGUUUUGGCUCGCUUACGAUUGGCGCAACCAGAUGAAGUCAAUGGGGGGGACAACAGCAACAACAGCAGCAGUCCUAGCAACGACAACACCACCACUACCAAUGAUGACGUUCAUCCUUCUUCACCGGAUCCAGUCAAUGCCAAAAAGGGUCUGCUGAAUGGAAUCUCGAUUCCACCUGAAGUUCCAACGGAUGAUGAUGAUACAACGGUACAUGAAGAAGAAUCAUCUGUAGCCGAACCCAAAAAAGUUCGAGGCAUUCUGAGGCAACAAUCGCGAAUGAGUCGAAACAAUCUCCUCCGAGCCAGUACUUCCAAACAAGGAGCGUCCGGAGAUGCUGCCAGACGACGAUCGCUCUUUCCCAAUUACUCGGAAACUACCCCAAAGAAGAAAAAUUACAAUGUUACCUUUUCUCCCAUGGCCCGUGUCUUGUCGGUCAAGUCACAGAAGGACAUGGAAGAGGACGAGAAGGGAGGCGUCUGGUGGCAAAAGAGCGAUUACGAAGAAUUCCGCAAGACGGGACGCAUGAUCACCAAGGCCAUGCUGGAGGGUGGCAGCGAAAUUUGGUUGGCUACCAACCGAUCAUGGCAAAUGCCGAACCAAAAUCGAUCCACCACCUUGCGACAAGCUACCACCUUGUCCGAACGGCAAACUAACAAACAAAAGGAUGGACUCACAAAAGCAGAAUACGAAAACACCCGAGACAAGUGGUGGCACAGUUUUGGUCACUCACGGAGAGGCUUGGAACACAUUGCUUCCAUUGAUGAAGGCCGACAGCGGCAAGGGAAUGUCCGAAGAGCCAUACGGGCCGUGGUAGAAGAAAACAAGCGUCAAAAGGCUUUUUUCCGCGAAGAUGCUGACAAACUGCGCAUGGUAUCCUUGCAAAAUACCACUUGGGCCAGAGAUUUGGCGCUGGCAGCCGGAGCGUCCGAUGCCGAUGCGGUACACACCAACUUUGAUGAUGAAUCCCGCAAAUCCCGCGAAUUCUACUUGCUCAAGUUUUCUCGGGCCCAAACCAGCACUACCACCGGUACCACAACGAAAGCAGUCCCCAAGACCAUGCCUGCCUUUAUGCGACCAGCUACUUCCCUUCAAGUCCAACCGAAUCGAUUGGAUGCCAAUACCAUGUCACAAAUACGGUAUCGGCAAACGACCGACAACAAGAAAAAGUUGGUUUCCGUGGCACCUUCUUCCACUUCGUCAUCAUCGUCUUCAUCGUCAUCGUCCAACAACAAGGAUACUAGUGCUAUCCAACGAACAACCAGCAUGGCCAAAAAGGCUGCAGGAUAUGCCAGUGGCGAAGAAGUUGGCAACAUGUCGGCAGUCUUGACGGGGAUGGGAGGCCUUCCCAAGAGUGCCACUACUGUUGGAGGUGCUUGA